UUUCCUGCAGUCUGUUGGUGGUGCGGUGUCUGUGCCAGAAGACGGGUUAUUCUGUGACGGAGCGAGACGAACAUGACUUCCACUCACAGUUUCCAGGGGCUGGAUUCCGAGGCUAAGCCGAGCUCGAGAGUAUUAAAACCCCCAGGAGGUGGAUCAAGCUGUAUUUUUGGUGGCUCAGAAGAAACCUCUGCUCCCAGCAAGCAGCACAAGAUGGCUUCCAACAUAUUUGGGUCGCAAGCUGAACCUGAGACUGCAUCUAAGAGAGCUAAUCCUCCAGGUGGAAAGCCCAGCGGUAUAUUCCAGGAACCAAGUCCUGUGCAAGCAGCACCUCGAGCGAAUCUUCCAGGAGGAAAGGGCAGUGGUAUCUUUGGGAAUGGAAAACUUCCAACGAGCCCUAAAGCCCAUCCCAACAAACCCAAGGAUAACAUCAAUAUAUUUGAAACUGCACCUCCAAAGGACAGCACUCCAGUGAAAGCUCAAGCCUCACCUGCCAAACCUCAGGAAGUUGCCAAGGAGCAGAAAGUUGUGGUUCCGGAUCCAGCUCUUGCCGCACAUGAGCCCCACUUGGGUCCUCUGCCCAGGUCGCAUAACAGAGUGCUGAAUCCCCCCGGGGGCAAGUCCAGCGUCACCUUUUAUUAACACCUCAGCUUAAAGACACUGUGUCUCAGCGCAUGUAGAUGACUGACUGGCCUGUCGUGUGUUCUGUGUGCAGGCCUCUCUCUCAUCUAUGGUGAUUAUUGUUAUCACUCGCAGCUAAAUUUAAACUGCAUUUACAAAAGAAAACCGCUACAAUGCAGUUCAGAUUGGAAGCGAAACUGGAUUCUUUCAGAACUUUCAUUUUCCUCUUGUACAAAGUGGGUAAAAAUGAUGCUGUCCGUGUAUGGUUAUCAUUCAAGAAAUGUAGCUGUUUAAUUCUGGUUAUAAUUCAAAGUCAUAUGGUUGUAAUGCUGGUCCUCUUAGUAGUGUGUGUUGGGGGAGUGGGAAGGGAAAUCACAUGACCUUUCGUCACAAAAGAAGAAAGUAAAAAAAAAUAUUUCCCCACUUUUUCCUGCCAUAUGCAAAUUAGGAUUCGGUUCGGCAUUCAGCCGAAUAUUUCACUAAGAAAUCGGCCGAAUCCAAAAUAGUGGAUUCAGUGCAUCCCUACUUUCUUCUCCAGAUUGUGGUUGCAUAUCCUAAGCGGCGUUCCUGUCCUCAGUGCUUUACUUUAGAUGGCCCCUAAUGAAUGUAGGGGGGGUCACGCCUUUGUUUGGCUAAAAGAAAUGGAAUGUAACGGUUUAAACAAGGGGUAAGAGGCAUUUCCUGUUGAAAUUGUGUUGAAAUAGAAAUCCUGGCAGACUAGCUGAAAUGAGACAUUACGUCCCAGAUAACCAAAACCCCAGUAGAGUGUGUUGCCUUGGUUUCCCAGUAAGGGGAGAGGCAAUGUGAUGAGGGAGAUCUGUUCCGAAUUGUAAAUGUCAAUUUCAAAGACUGUAUUUUAGUAAAUAGUUUGGUAUUUGCCAA